AACAGUCAAUCCUAUAAAGUGGCAGUUGUACUUCGAAAAUGUUAAUAAGAACAAUUUUAUUGCUGUUCAUCGUCAGAGCAUCUUUUUGUGAUAAAAGGAGUAACAGGGUGCGCAGAAUAGUUGGUGGAGCGCCAGCCGAUGUGCCACCUGAAGAUGAUCCUGUGUUAUUCACCAGAUUCGCGGGGAAAAACGCCAAAGUGACUGGAAUUCGACAAUUUCCGCAUUACGUUUUCCGAGGAAUUCGAUAUGCGGAACCCCCAUUGGGGCCAUAUAGAUUUGUUAGGCCCCGAGAAAGAUUUCUACAAGGGGAGAUUAACGCCACAUUGGUGCCUCCACCUUGCUUGCAGCCUGUGCCUGGUCGCAACACGCUAGUGGGAAGUGAAGAUUGUUUAUUUUUAAACAUAUUUACGCCAAAUUUACCAACGGGCACAGAAGGUUUACCCGUCGUUAUAUGGGUGCAUGGAGGAGGGUUUAGGUAUGGAUCUGCUUCACAGUAUGGGGUCCAACAUUUAGUUGGUAAACAGUUGGUGGUUGUGACCAUCCAGUACCGUCUGGGCUCUUUAGGUUUUCUUAGUUCCGGUACAAAAGAAUUUCCUGGCAAUGUUGCCCUCUGGGACAUGGCGCUUGCUACCCAAUGGGUUCGUAAUUAUAUCGGGUUUUUUGGUGGUAAUCCUAAUAGAAUCGUUGUUAUGGGUCAUGGAACGGGUGCCAGCAGCACUCUACUUAUUGCGCUAUCUAAUAUAGCCAAAGGCAUCUCGGGUGUAGUGGCAAUGUCGGGCACUGCUGUUUCACAAUGGGCCACCGACAACGCUCCACAAAAUACAGCUCUGGAAGUGGCAAAUCAGAAUGGUUGUCCAACCACCUCUAUCCUGAUCAUGGUAAAGUGUUUGCAGAAUCUCCCUCCGGAAACAAUAAUAAAAGCUGAUUCAAAGAUAGAAUUUACAAGAUUGGCACAAAGAGGUUUUGUAUCUGGUCUAAAUGGGCAGCUGACUGCGGCACCCGUAGCUGAGGGUUACUACGAUGGCAGAUCUUUGCCACCAAUGGUACAGGAUGAACCCAUAAACGAUUUGUAUAAUCAAAAGACUCCUCAAAUACCUUUACUAACAGGAAUCACAAAACAUGAAACAAAAAGAGCAAUACAUGGACAUUAUAAGGAAGAAAUCAUUAAAAAAUUACAAAGUAUACCAAAUUUCUUAGAUAAGGUUUUAAUUCAGAAUCUACACGGAUUCAUUGCUCGUCGAAGAAAUAACACUGACCGCAAAGCAGGCAUUUUUCAACAUUUGGGUGGUGACAUAUUAAACUUCAGAAAAUAUAUUGAAAUCAAGAGAAACAAUAUAAAAGAAGGACUGCAUAAAGUAUCUGAAGCUACGAGUGAUGCAUUGUUCAAUGUACCAGCCUUCCUUACAGCUGGUUUGUGGUCACAGAAAGGGGCACCAACGUAUCUUUACAGUUUUGAACAUUUGGGUAAGCGGAGGAAGGGCAGUUGUUUCUUAAAGGGAAUUCCUUUAAUAGGAAACACAACUGAAGAUGUCACAACGGAGCAGAAUGAUACUAUAGGACAUGGAGAUGAUUUGGCCUAUCUGUUUGAUCCACAUGACAUCCAUGGAAACCCUCUCGAAGAGACGGAGGAACUAACUGAAGAUGAUAUUAAAGUUCGUGAAAUGUUUACUCAGAUGAUAGCAGAUUUUGCCAGACAUGGAAAAGUUUUAGUAAAUAAUAGGGAGGUUCCUUCUUUCACCAGUUCAAAUAAUCAUUUUAUACAAAUCAAACCCAAACCAGAAGUAUCAAGUAAUUUUAAAUUUUGUGAGAUGGCUUUGUGGUGUAAUAUUGCAGAGAGAUUGCAAAGUAAGACUUGUCAAUUUUUAAACGCUCUAGAUACGACAAUUAAAGGCAUAGAAAAAAGUUUGUUUGACACGAUUAAUGUAACACAUCAAAAAUUGGGUAUAGAUAAAGCUCACGAAAACAUAGAUAGAGCACUUGGAGGUCUUAAUAUCAUGCAACGGAAUCAAAAUCCCAAGCAAAACUUGGAAAAUGUAGAAGUAAGCACACGAAAAAAUAUUAUUAAAGCAAUCGAAGGAGGAAUUGAACAUAAAAUGGAAAAUGUGGUGAAUAUUUUUAAGCACAAGAAUACAAUUGGUAACACUUCUGAGAAUCCAAGUGGUCGAAGCAUUUUUGGUAUAUUUGGUGCAAAAAAACAUAAUUCUAAUUCCAUGGGUGGUUUAUUGUAAAAUUAUUUGUAAUUUAAAGUUAUAACAACAUACGCGUUUAUAAUAAAAUAUUUUAUAAUAAUAAUAUAAUACUUUUAUAAUUUA